CGAGACUUUUGCGGCGGCACUUCCGAGGCGGGGAGCGCCUGGUCCUGGUUUGGCCGACGGAGCAGCAUGGAUGCCCUCAAGUCCGCCGGACGGGCCAUCGUGCGGAGCCCCAGCAUCGCCAAGCAGAGCUGGGGCAGUGGCAGGCACAAGAAACUCCCAGAAAACUGGACUGAUACCAGAGAAACCUUACUGGAGGGCAUGCUUUUCAACUUGAAGUACCUGGGCAUGACGCUGGUCGAACAGCCCAAAGGAGAAGAGCUCUCUGCGGCAGCCGUCAAAAGAAUUGUAGCUACAGCAAAAGCAAGUGGUCGAAAACUGCGGAAGAUAACUCUGAAAGUGUCUCCCAGAGGGAUAAUCCUCAGUGACAGCACAACAAAUGAGCUGAUUGAAAACAUUUCAAUAUACAGGAUAUCCUACUGCACAGCGGACAAGGUCCAUGAUAAAGUGUUUGCGUACAUCGCCCAGAGCCAACACAACGAGAAUCUGGAGUGCCACGCUUUCCUCUGCGGCAAACGGAAAAUGGCUCAAGCUGUCACGCUCACGGUCGCUCAGGCAUUCAAGGUAGCAUUUGAGUUCUGGCAGGCGUCCAAGGAAGAGAAGGAGAAGCAGGAGAAGGCCAUCUUGGAAGGAGAGAGUCUCAGCAGUCCGACCUCAGAUAGCUCAGCCUCUACAAAAGGAUCAGCCACCACAGGGGACCUCGUAGACCUGGAGAAUGUUGUCAAGACCCCUUUAACCACGAACGCCAACUCUGUGCCCUUGGACAGCAGCGUCUUCAGGCCGCGUUCCUCAGAAAACAACAAUGUCGUGUGGCCGAUGGAUGACGGGCUGGAUGAAGCGUUUUCAAGGCUGGCACAGUCUCGGACUAAUCCCCAUGUCCUCGACAUUGGCCUGACUGCUCAAGACAUCCAAAGCACUGAAAUUCUCUCGCCCGUAGAUUGGGACCAAGUCAAUUCCACAACAGCGGCCGAAAAAACCGACCACCUCUUUGGAUUUUGAUGCCCUCCCUCCCUCCCUCGUUUCCCGAUACUCGUUUUCAAGUUAAAUAACCACUAAGUGAGCCAUCCCCAACCUUGCGCCCUCUAGCCAGCCGGCCCCGAGUCGGAGGACUUCAGGUUGGAGACGGCGGCACUAAAUUGAUGCACUGCAUUCUGGGUGAUUUCAACUGGAAGGCUUAAUGAAGAGGGGAAGGCAAAGCAAACAUUUGGUUCUGAACGGAUGCUUUUAUGACAACUCUUUGACCAAAGUUUUGGAUACUUUUUAAUACGUCUUUAUGUAUGGAAUGUCUCUUUUGGUCUUAUGCUUUCUAUAUGCUGAGCUGCUCCUUGAGUAUAUUUAUUCACAAACCCCACCAUUUACAUGUAUUAUGGUAAUUAUGUUGCAGUAUCUAAUUCAGCAUUACAAUAUUAGGCUGCUGCUCCUACUGGAAUGCGCCUGGUUGGCAAUAGCAUCAGCUGCUGCUCAUCUGUUUGUGUUGGCCCGUUCCUCAAAGAGACUUGUCUCGGCAAGGUAAGGGGGGCGCUCAGGAAGAGAAGAAUGUGGCCGCGUGGGCUCCUGCCUGGCUGGUGUGCCGGCGCCGGGAGGGAUAGGAUGCCUGGCAGGUCGUGGCUUCUGUGACCCACUGUCUGCACCCACAGGUGUGACAGUGGCACCCCACAGCAACUGAGUGUACAGGACAUAGUCAAACAUGUCUAAUUGCAGGCAUCAGUACGACUCUUUCAGCGCUUCUGAGCCCUCAGCUGAGAUAAGCCACGCAGACCAAAACUCGCGGAGCUGAUCCACGGCAGUGGCCCUGUUUGUCAUGCGCAGGCUUUCCCACGUGCUGUGAGGCACAGCAUGAAGAGCCGUGUGUGAAUAUUUGGAGAAGCACGAGGUCAGCCGGCCUCACGCUUCUCGCAGCCAGGGUCGUAUGCCAGAUAGCGACUGUGGCGGCCACCAGCCUGGCCACACCGCCCUUGGGAUACUCUGAUGACAGUGACCAGUGCCAGUGCCACCUGGCUUUCCACGGCAGGUAACGGGGAUGAACUAACCAGGUGUGCAUUUCAGCAUCCGGCCAGGAAUCCAAGACCUGGGCGCCUGAGCGUGCCUCAGACAUGGCCAGCCCCCUGCCUGGAUGGGGCAUGCGUGGCCAGUGGUAUUUCUCUCAUAUGAAAUGCAGGCAGUCCCUGGGUUACGGACAAGUUCCGUUCCAGAGAAUAUCUUUAAGUUGAAUUUGUAUGCAAGUCAGAUAGCGUAUAUAAACUGCACAUAAAACACUUAAGAAGCACUUCCAUGUACAUUUGGCUCACUACUUUGGUGGAGGUUUAGGGGCACAGGACUUUCUGCCAUAGUGAAAGACUGUGAAUACCUCUAGCCCCCCUUGACUGCACAUGGCCUGAAUUUCUCGGACUGCUCACCCUCCCUUUCACUCACCAGUUCAUCUCUGCACCAAGGAAAUGCUGGAGAGAUUUCCAUCUCCAGAUGGGCAGAGCAAGAAGGCAUGCUUUGGACCCCCCCCCCACUUCCUCUCUCAGGCUCCCCCUUUCAUUUCCUCUUCCUGGUGAUGAAGAUUUUCUGCAGUAGGCUCUACAACUCCAAAAGGUAUGAACCAUUUGUCUUUAACUCUGAUUUUUAAAUUAAUAGGUUUUAUGACAGUUCAUUAGUACGGGUGGUUCAUAACUUGGACGUUUGUAACCCUGAAACUGGCUCUAUAUAUGAUCUUGCAUGGCUGGAUCCAAUUAGGCAAUGUUCAAAUUGCAACGGUGGGUUCCCCCAGUUUUCAGCCCACUUCGUCCAAACAGAAAACAACCUGAGAAAUGUGUUCCUGCAUUUCACGCUGUGAGUGGUAUACUCGCCAUAAAAUUUUUAAACACCCUGCAUAUAAAAAGCUAGCUAUUACAAAGAGCUCUGGUUAGUCUUUUCCCUGAUAGUUUUAUUAAGUGCAGGGAUGGGGUUUGGGGGAGGGGAUGUUCAAGCAGGCAUCCACCAUGUUGCAGCCUUGCAGUAAAAAACUAUCAAAAACUUUUAAAAACGUACACUUAUUUUGUGUCCGUUGUGUCUUAGUUUUCUUUUAUCUGUAUGCUUGCUGGAGGCUGUGAAAUAGUGGAUGUCUGUUUGAAAAGUUGGAAAGAAAUAGUUGUAAUUAAUGUCGUAGAGUUUCGGAACAGUUUUGCCUCCUGAGCUACUCCCCAAGGGGCCUUUUGUGGAAAAGAAAAAUGGUGGGGCCAGAGAGAGAUGGGAAAGGUUGUACUUGCCUCUGUACUUUCUGCCUCUUGAAAUUGUAGUGUUGUACUGAUCCUUAGUGGAGGUAAUUUUAGCCUUGAUGAACAAUGCCUUGAGUCUGUGCUCUGCGUUUGUAUACCCCUUCAAAGGGGUUUGCUCUGUUUGCACUCUUACUCUCUCCCAAUAAGGGGGGCUGUGUCUUAAAAGGAAAGAAGGAAAGGAAAACUACCUUUUGGGGACCAGUACUUGUUUGUUUAAGUAACUUCAGAAGCAGCUUCUAUUCUGUUGCAGUUUUUAUAGUAGGAAAAGGACAAACAUCCAUUGAAUACUUUAGUGCACUGCCAACUUUCCUUCCUUCCUACUUGCUCUCUCAGAAAUGAAUGAGUGUAGUUUGAAUUAAGAUUAGUAUCUUGGCACUUUAAACACACACACACACACAAAACUUGAACUGGAACUAUGGAUUCAAAUGUCAAAACAGGUUUGCAUUGUUUUGAAACCCUUCUUACUUUUUCACCUUUGAAAGUAUUUUUUUUCGAAAACGUACACUGCAAGUUUUCUUAAAAGUGUUGCAUGCUCUUUCACAGUAGCACAGUGUUGACGACAUAUCCAUCGUAUUGAUGGAGAAGAUGAGCCAUGUCAAUUUCAGUGUUUUCUUUUUUACAUUUGCCACCUUGGAAGAACUCUGUUGUUGAGGCUUGGCUCACAAUCGGAUAAUGCUGUUUGCUCCCACAUUUCUCCAGCCUACCUGCGACUCUUGCUAAGGCUUAGAUAUGAAUUCCUUGGUCAGAUUUUUCAUUUCAUGAGGCUCUGGAAUGUGAAAACUUAAAAAAUGGAAGUAUCAGGAUUAGGGUUAUUAAAAGAUUACGUUCAGCAAUGAACAGUGUGCCAUGUUUGUGGCCUUGUUGGAAAUAAACUAAUCUGUUUUAUAGCUUUGUAAUUGGCUUUUGAGAUGCUAAUUUAGCUCUCCCCCCCCCCCACAAAAUCCUUUUUUAUAACUCUGCUAAUGUGACAUUUAGGCAAAGCAAAACGUGGAAUAGGGCUGUCUGCUCAGAGGAUGGUAGACAGAUGAAUCUGCAACCCAACAUUUUGCAAGGUCGGCUUUUAUAAGCUCUGUUUACUUGGUCAGUUCUUGAGGGGGAGAGUCAUCUUGCCAAAAAGAGGUUUCUGCCAGGUGUCCAGGCUUAGAAAAGGCACAAAACUCUUUUGUAGGGAUUGAAAAUACUAGACCAGUUCAAAAAAUUGCAUAAAACUUUCCAUAUAGACCAAGAGUGGGCAACAUCAUGCGUAUCAAAUGUUUUGGACUACAGUUCGCAUUUAUCAGCAUGGCCAGUGGUCAGGGUUAUGGGGGUUGUAGUGCCAAGCUGAUACAGGAUACUGGGUUGCCUUCCUCUUGAUGUUGUAUCUUCUUCUGUGCUAAGCGCCCCAUACUGAGCUUAGCUGGCACAUAGAGGGCCGGCUGACGUGGCAGAUUGGCAGGAAUCAUCAUAGAAUAUGGGGAUGUGGGAAAGACCCUUUCUGAACGCUGCCUAUUAAAAAACAUCCCAGAAGUUAGACAUCUAGCACAUCAAGGCGAAAACUUCCACCCUGCCUAAUUCUCUCACUGCUAGUUUUAUGUUCAAAUAAUGCUUUUCAGGUAGUAGAGAAUACUUUUGUAUAUGCAGUUCAGAGUUAAGGUAUAAUUCUCUGCAUGUUUUGACUGGAAAAUGCUUGGAAUAGUAGCACUUUUUCUGUGUAAACAUGCAUAGAAUUGCACCCUUAAUAUGCUAGGGAGGGAGGUCAUCAUUCUAAAAACAGUUCUUGAAAGAAUGGCCCAAGAUGUUUCAUCUCUUGUGUGAAUCUUUCUAAUAUAUAUAUUUUUCAGAGUAUAUACAUAACAUGAGCAAUAUAAUGCCUGCUUGUAUAUAGUUAAAGACAUGCUGUAAAAAGUACAUAUGCUUUGAGAAAAAUAAAAGUUCUCCUUUUUUCCAAA